AGCGCAUCAAGCUAUUUCUGUGCAGCGAAUAUAAAGGCAAGGAUAUUUUGCUAGCAUCUUCUAAACCAAUUUCAUCAGUCAGUGAAAAGCAAUAGUAGCGAUAGCAGUAUUAUUGGCAGUACCAGCAACACGCUAGAUACAGAUACUAUGCGAGUCAGUAUAAUUAAUAGGCCACAACAUGACCAACCCACCCAUCCAAAUCCGACUAGUCAGGAUAGUUUUACUACAACAGAUGAUGAGCCAGUAUCUCCAAUCGAUGGGCAGAGAUUUGGCAGCCAACAAAAAGCAUUUUUUUACCAUCGUCCCUCGAGCAAUUCCAUGACCAAUCGCCAUCGAUUGUCUAUCCUCAAACCCAAGUUUACUGAAAACAUGUAUCUUUUGUAUAUCGAUCCAUCUGAUUUAACGAGUAUGAGUGUUUACGAGACUGUUCAAAAUCUGCUUUCUGCUCAUGAGUAUCGGAUUGUGUCUGAUCCGCUUUUACCACGCGAUGUCAAUAUGCUACAGUGCCUGCUUGACCCAGUCGAUCGUCCAUCGCUUUGUCGAAAUGCUAACACUGUAUUAAGCAAGGAAGAUUUGGCUUGCAUUACUCAAGGAAACACACAUAUUCUUUCCCAGCUUUUAUCUGGGGAUAGUGGGCUUGCUCACCUUAAUUUUCCAAUUCUGGUCUGUCCCAUCACCAGUACACUCAUCAUUGGCAACAAGAUUGACGAAAUUCGAUCGUUGUUGAGAGAGCAAGGAUGGAAAGUACAAGAUCGAGAUUCUACUAGUUUAUCAAAUCAGUAUUCACAGUCGUCAUCUGUCACAUCUCCUUGCCCGACAUUAGCUCGACUUGAUUCGUUCAAAAGCACCAUCACAGGAAAUAUCUCCAUUCAUUCUGUCGCAAAGACCAGCAUGGUUAGCAAAGUCAAAUACAUCAUUUACUGUGACAUUUCAGAUGCAGAUUCAAAUGAUAUGUGUGAUAUGAUUGCUGAUGCAGUACCAUCUGAACAGUACAAGAUUAUUGUCGGUCCACUCGAUCAACGCGAAAUCAAAAUGAUGCAGCACAAUAUGAGCGAAAGUGAACGGCAUACAUUAUGCAAGAAUUUUGACACAGUGAUACCCUCAACUGAUUUACAAAAGAUCCGACAAGGUGAUGUGAAUAUUCUUGCUGCACUUUUAUCUGGACAGAACGGACUAGCACAUUUAGCGCGUCCAAUUGUGGUGUGUCCCAUCAACGGAAGUAUUGUUGUUGGAAAAAACUUUGACCAACUCAAUGAAAUUCUGUGCAAUGAUGGAUGGGCAAAGGAUGAAGUGAAUACAGUGCAAGUUCAAUCAAGACGAUCAGUUCAACAAACCAUCCUUGGACUAAGACAAACGGUACUGACUAGUCCGGUAUCAGAAAACAACACAGUUUCUGCGUCAGGAACUCCCACAGGAAUGCCUCGGCUACGCGGAACUGCAUCAAAACUGUCGAUUUCUCCUUCGUCGCCUGUGUCUGAAACAUCUCUACCACCACCAUUGGAAUCCGUUCAACCCAAACCAAAAGUACUCGCUCCAAAUAUUCCCCUUCCACGAAAAUCCAAGUACUUGUACUUUCACAACGAAGCCGAUCCUAAAUCCCAACUCAUGCUUGAUAUCCUUCACAGCAAAACUGUUCACGCUGACAUUGAAAUCAUGCCAAAAGAACUCACAUCAAAAGAGAUUCGACCACUAUUGCAUCUAUUGGAUCCUAAAGAGUAUCUGACACUGCUUACUAGGACGGAUAUUCUAACUAGUGAGGAACUGGCUAGAGUUCGAGCUGGAAACCCAGAAGAUUUAGUUAGAGUUUUAACGGGACCUCUUGGAUCUGAAAACUUGACCAAGCCAAUCAUCAUUUGUCCGUUGAUAGGGACAAUCCUAAUUGGAUUCAAACCCAACGAAUUGGACAAUAUAACAAGCGAAAACGCAUGGGGUACGGGUGACAUUUGGGACAGAUAUAAAUAGCUCUUGAUGCAUUACUAUCUGGCGGUUCUGAACACACUUUUAUUUUCCCUUUAAUCAUAGCAUAUUUUAAACACAAUAUCACAUAUUUAAAUCAACCGAGUGUGGUCAAAACUACUGGUCUGCUUGCCAGAUUUAAACCUGAUUGCCAUCAUUCUCAUUUUGAAUACAACGGUAAAGUGUUGCCAUAGCAUUACUGUUUUGAAAUUCUCUGUAGGGUUCACGCAUCUGAAUCCUAAAUUGCCCAUAUAAAUGAAAUGGUAUGG